AUGAAUACAGAAGAUGUGAUGCCCUUGAAAAGACCAGCUGUGGUCAUGGAGGAGGUGUAUCAAUCGAUGUUCAAUGCUGUGCAUAGUCAACAGGAGUGUGUAGAUGUAGUAGAUGAACUGAUUAACAUUAGGUGUGUGAAAAAGCGUCGGUACGGAUACUUUAAGAAAAAGGAUUUGGCAUCAGGUUCUGGUGAUGCACAUGUGCAACCCGACUUAAAUGUUCAUGACUAUGCUGUAGAUUCUCCAUUAAUGUCGGGUGAUGUAAUGGAUGAUAAUGAGUUGGACCAUAGGAACUUGCAAUCUCCUACAGCAUAUGAGUUAGACUUUGACUUAGACUUGGACAGAGAUACAGAAAGUCAAAAUGACACCGAUAGUCAUAAAAGGGAGAGAGAAAGGGAAUUAUAUUUGCUAGUCGAGUUGGAGUUGGGGUUGGAGUUUCAGUUCGCUAUUGACUUGGUAAUAGAAGUUGAAAGGGAGAUGGAGUUGGGAAUGGUCUUGAUGUUGGAGUUGGCCUAUGGAGAUACAAUUGUUAAAUAAGUGCGAGAGUGAUAGGAUGUAUGGAAUGGAGUUGGAAUUUGAGUUGGGCAUGGAGUUUGAGAGGGAGAGGCAAGAGGUGGUGGCUUAUGAGCAGCAGAGGGUGGGAGAUUUGGACCUGCUGUUAUGUAGUUUCCAAAACCUUUACAAAGCCCUGAAAAAAUUGAAAUUGAAAUUGGAUAUAGUUCAGAAGAGGAUGGCAGAGAGAGAGGGUUUAGCCCACAACGAAGUCGGCAAAAAAGGAAAAAUUCAGACUCACCUUUGCUUCCUGAAGGUUAUGUGAACACUUGGCGGCCGAGGAAGUUCCGCAGAUUACGGGUUCCAUUUUAUGACUACAUAAGAUCUCAUUCCAAUGUCUCGCGCUGAUUGCAGUC